GCAAGUAAAAAUCUGUUUACGUCAUCUAUUACGUCUUCUGUUCCCUUUAUGUUUUGCUCUCCACGCUUCUUAUCCUUUAUAAGCUCGCACAAAUCUAAAGCAAAACCAAAACAAAACUUGAGUGUUUCUUACUAAGGUUGAAUCAUGGUUUCUGAAACAACCAACGAAUCUUAUCCACUUCACUUUGUUCUUUUCCCUUUCAUGGCUCAAGGCCACAUGAUUCCCAUGGUUGAUAUUGCAAGGCUCUUGGCUCAGCGCGGUGUGACCAUAACAAUUGUCACGACGCCUCACAAUGCAGCGAGGUUCAAGAAUGUCCUAAACCGAGCCAUUGAGUCUGGCUUGCCCAUCAACCUAGUGCAAGUCAAGUUUCCAUAUCAAGAAGCUGGUUUGCAAGAAGGACAAGAGAAUAUCGAUUCUCUUGAGACAAUGGAGCGGAUGAUAUCUUUCUUUAAAGCGGUUAACUUGCUCGAAGAACCAGUCCAGAAGCUCAUUGAAGAGAUGAACCCUCGACCAAACUGUCUAAUUUCUGAUUUCUGUUUGCCUUAUACAAGCAAAAUCUCCAAGAAGUUCAAUAUCCCAAAGAUCCUCUUCCAUGGCAUGGGUUGCUUUUGUCUUCUGUGUAUGCAUGUUUUACGCAAGAACCGUGAGAUCUUGGACAAUUUAAAGUCUGAUAAGGAGUAUUUCACUGUUCCUUAUUUUUCUGACAGAGUUGAAUUCACAAGACCUCAAGUUCCGGUAGAAACAUAUGUUCCAGCUGGAGACUGGAAAGAGAUCUUCGAUGGUAUGAUAGAAGCGAAUGAGACAUCUUAUGGUGUGAUAGUCAACUCAUUUCAAGAGCUCGAGCCUGCUUAUGCCAAAGACUACAAGGAGGUAAGGUCCGGUAAAGCAUGGACCAUUGGACCAGUUUCCUUGUGCAACAAGGUAGGAGCAGACAAAGCAGAGAGGGGAAACAAAUCAGACAUUGAUCAAGAUGAGUGCCUUAAAUGGCUCGAUUCUAAGGAACCGGGCUCUGUACUCUAUGUUUGCCUUGGAAGUAUCUGCAAUCUUCCUCUGUCUCAGCUCAAGGAGCUGGGGAUAGGCCUCGAGGAAUCUCAAAGACCUUUCAUCUGGGUCAUAAGAGGUUGGGAGAAGUACAAAGAGUUAGUUGAAUGGUUCUUGGAAAGCGGAUUUGAAGAUAGAAUCAAAGACAGAGGACUUCUCAUCAAAGGAUGGUCUCCUCAAAUGCUUAUCCUUUCACAUCCUUCUGUUGGAGGGUUCUUAACGCAUUGCGGAUGGAACUCGACUCUUGAGGGGAUAACCGCUGGUCUACCGCUUCUUACAUGGCCUCUAUUUGCAGACCAAUUCUGCAACGAGAAACUAGUCGUUCAGGUACUAAAAGCCGGUGUAAGAGCCGGGGUUGAGCAGCCUAUGAAAUGGGGAGAAGAGGAGAAAAUAGGAGUGUUGGUGGAUAAAGAAGGAGUGAAGAACGCAGUGGAAGAAUUAAUGGGUGAGAGUGAUGAUGCAAAAGAGAGAAGAAGAAGAGCCAAAGAGCUUGGAGAAUUAGCUCACAAGGCUGUGGAAGAAGGAGGCUCUUCUCAUUCUAACAUCUCAUUCUUGCUACAAGACAUAAUGCAACUAGCACAAUCCAAGAAUUGAGUAUACGUCACCUUUUCAAAGGAAUUUACACAUUAUAAAUAGUUUUUGUUUCUUUAUUUUGUGAAAUUUAAAUCGAAACCUUAGUUAUACAUUUGUAAGAAUCAGCAGAAGACAACUUAGUGACGACUUUCACAUUCUGGAGUCAUCUCUACUUUGAAAAAAGGUUGUUAAAUAUUGUUCGUUUAGACUUAAUCUAAAAUUAAGGCUGCGCCUAAUUUUCCUAAA